AUUACUGUGGAUGACUGCAUUUGUUACCAGACGCGCGCGUUGAGGAAACCGGACACUUCCCUCCAACAUUCUUUUAAUACUCUCCGUCUCUCGGAAGUAGAUUCGGCUACAAAUUGCAAUACAUGGCAACCUAUUCGUCGUACGUAGUAUUUAGAAUCAUCAAAUGAACCGAUGUCCCUAAGUGUAACGAAUCGGGUUGUUGUCGUAUAUGCGACGAGGAGAAUCUUUAGGUGAGCCAAUCGGUUUUAUUUUGUCGUGCGCAACUGUUUAAAUUCUCUUGGUUCCGUUGCAAUGAGUUCUGCAUCCCUCCGAUUGACGGAUAUCACUCAUGCACCGGUAUGGCGAACAGGAGCCACGGGCAUUUUGGCAGUGUCUUAUUAUGCAUUGUUCGGAACUGCCACUGAUGCUUAUCUACUCAUCCUCUUCACGUUGUGCAAAAAAUGGCAAAGAGGCCAGCAGCUUUCUCUUCCUGGCUAUGUAAUACACAGCGUGCUCGUGGUUUCAGUUGUUGUAAUCUCCAUUUCCCAUACUAUCUGGCAUCGACCAGAACGUAUGCAAGAAAGAAGACGCCCAGCACAUGCAGCUGAAAUUUAUUUUGAAUCGAUAUUCAGGCGAUAUCUCCGCCAUUUGGUGAGCCAGACACCCGCUCAAUUGGUGGUUCACUAUAUUCCCAUCGGAGUUGCAGAUGCAAAAACAGAAACCAUAAGAUCACGCUCUACACAAGAGAAAGGUGAUAUUGCAGAGGUUCUAGAGUUCAAGAUCCUGGCCCCCGUCUUCUACACGAGAUUUGUUUGUUAUGCCCACGACCUAGAAGCGUUGUUUUGCGAACUCAUCGAGAGUUGCACAAUUUGGGUUUCCAGGCCCGAGUUACUGCCAAAGUUGGUCUUCAAGAAGCCAUCGCCUAUUCUCAACACUCAUAACCCUGUUGAGUUUGCGGCUUUUAAGCUCAUACAAAAACUUCGAAAAAGACCUGAGCGGAUUGAGCAGCCAUUGACCUCAAGUCAGCCUCCCAACCACACCUCUGCAACACAUACCAAGACAGACAUUCGAAACUUCAGGCUCUCUUCAAUGGAUGGUUACGUCCUAAACCACGAGUCUACUAAGGCAAGGAGGCAGUACCGGUCGAUGUUGCUAAAGUUGUUCGUCGCAGACAGAAUAGCUCUAGGAAACCCGACAUUGCUUUUGUUAGAGCAAUUGACCCUGGCGGCGAUGAUCGCAUGGUUUGUAGCAUGUUAACUAUUCAUAUUUGAAUGAGUUCUUUGAGAUUAGUCAACUUCGUAAUAAGCCAACGAGCUGUCGUGCUUGCAUGCAAGCACAUGCUGGCUCAACCCAAUACCAACUCGACGUGGAGUACAAGCCAAAUUGCUUGGGAAUAUGCAGAAGGUUGAGAACGGACCGAAAGUCGC